AAAACAGCAGCUAAACGUUAAUAUGUAAACUGGGUCUGUUUUAUAGGAAACUCUUGCAAAACAACAGACGAGACUUUCAGAUUUUUUUUAAUUUGGGGUCAAACAGUUAAUCUUUAAGUAUAUUUCUUUAAAAUCAUAUUUAAGAUGUAUUUUGAAGGAUUUUAAAAGUGUUUUUUCAGAGCAUGUUUAGUAAAUCCUGACUAUAAAUCUGUUGUUUGGGGUACAUUAUCUGAUAAAGAUACUGUUGAUACCAUGGGCUGUGUACAGAGCUGCAAAAACAGACCCAGAAGUAAAAAGAUUGAUCAAUAUCUGCAGCAGGAAAAAAUGAGACUUCAGAGGGAAGUGAAAGUGUUGCUGCUUGGUACCAGGGAGUCUGGAAAAAGCACUAUCAUGAAGCAGAUGAAGAUUAUCUAUGAGGGGGACUACUCAGAGGAGGAACGCAGACAGUACAGAGCAGCUGUAUACAGUGACACCAUACAGUAUAUCACUGAUAUUGUAAGUGCCAUGGAGAGCCUGGGCAUUGGUUUUGGAGAUGUGGCCAGAGCUAAAGAUGCCAAGCAGCUGGCAGUGUUUGCCAGAGGUGCAGAGAAAGGGGUAAUGUCUGAGGAGCUGGCUGGUGUUAUAAAGAGACUGUGGGAAGAUGUGGUGCAUACUUGCUUCAGUCACUCUCCUCAAUACAAACGCAAUGAUUCUGCUUUGUAUUUCCUCAAUGAUCUGGACAGAAUCUGUCAAUCAGAUUAUAUCCCUACCCAGCAGGAUGUGCUUCAUACCAGAGACAAAACCACAGGCUUCACGGAAGUAAAUAUCACGUACAUGAACAUAAAUAUUACUUUUAUAGACCUUGGACAGGAUGGAACAAAUUUUAUGAAGUGGAUUCAUUGCUUUAGUGAAGUUAACUCUGUCAUCUUCUGUGUGGACAUUAAUGACUAUGAUCAGCUACUGGAUGAGAAUCAUGAGAAAAGGAAAUUGUUAGACAGCAUCAUAAACGCCACAUAUGCUUCAAUUAUUAUCUUUUUCAACAAGGAGGAUCUGUUUGACCACUCAGACUCUAUCACAUAUGACCAUAUCCACAGUCAGUUUUUGGACUUGACAUGGAAAAACCAAAGCUUUGUGCAUUUCACAUGUGCCUUAGACACUCAAAAGUUGAAAAAUGUGUUUCAUGAUUUGAUGUUCAUCAUUAUGCAACCUUGUCGGCAACAUUCAUGUUUAUACUGGGCAAUGCUUGACAUAACCACAUAAAAACCACAUAAAAAACAGGAUGAGCAAAUGGACAUUUGUAUAAGCUAAUUUUUUUAGCAUUUGUCUACCAGCAUAUGUAAUUAGGGUGUGUAGACAGAUAUUCGUUUUACAUGAGUAGUAUUUUUUUUAAGGUUGAAUUCUGGUGAUUCCUGUCCGCAUCAUCAGAGCAGGCAGACAGGGUUAUGGAGCAGCGGUGUGAAGACUCGCCAGAAACACGGGCCCUCAAGCUCCAUACAGAGCUUGAUAAAUGAGCCUCAUGGAUUAUGUUACAUCUUUGUCUCUCAUUACAAAGCUAGGGGACAAUAUUAUUGCUCCAAAUUUGGUGCGAAGUAUUGCUUCAAAUUUGGGGCACUAGUAGAUAUAGGGAUAAAAAUGAAAUAAAUACAUUACAUACUAUAGCUAACUUCCUUUUUUUGGAUAAAUCUAUUUGCACCAUGUUUAACGCAUGUAAUACAAGUCCCACUCUCCAAUGAAAUCAGCCAAUCUGAUUCAAAUAUAAAUUUUCUACUAUCACUAACGAAUCAAAUUGCUCGAUACUUGAUUCACUUAUCACUCAACAGAACUUGUAAGUGCCAUUUGUUACAUUGUGUAUUAUACUUUGAAAGUUAUGUAUCUGUGAAAUUAAUAUUAAAGAUAAACAUUGAUGAUGACAUUAGCACAGUGUAAUAUUUCUGACAAUGAUUGUAAUAAUCGAAUGAUGUUUGAUUCAAUAUAAUCUUAAACUGAUAGCUCAAAGGUAUAUUCUACCUAACAUUAAACUUUCAUGAAUCAGAUACAGCAGAAAUUAAAAGCACCUCUUUACUGUCA